AUGAGUACCGCCACACAGACUUUAGUUCCUGCUCCCGCCGAAUCUCCCCGAAGCCGUAAGCGAACCGAUUUGAAGUCACCGGUCCGGGACCAUGACUAUCCAGCCUCUGCUCGUUCAGGGAGACGGGUCUUGACCCCGAAGUCUCCCGCAGUCCGUGCUGCAAGCCUUGGAGCAAGAAGGAACCCAUCAUUUCAUUCUACCAUCCAGCCACUUCAACACAUCUCAGGAGCCAGUGGAAGGACGUAUACUGCGGAGCCUGGUCCUUAUCGAUCUUCUGAUAUUCCUCCUCUUCCCCCCCUAGCCAUCGCAACCGGGCCCCACCAUUCUGCGUAUGGGUUUCAGGACUCCAGACAACCACGCUCUGCCGUGGAGAGCACGCCUCGGACCGAGACAAUAGCCACCCCUCAGACAGAACAUUCCAUUGGCAGCCAGACGCCAUAUGCUAGGAUUGAGCAGUCACCGCCGAUGUAUCGCUAUGGCCAUGGAGGACAAGCAACCCAACCUCCCGGCUCCAUGAGAGUAUUACCAGCGGGAGGUUCUGGUGGCUACGGUCACGAAACUCAUGUUCAUGGACCCCAUGAAGGCUAUCAAAUGGGUCAAGCUUCGUACCAAAUGACUUUGGACACCGACCAAGGGCCCAUGGUAGUACCUGUUGAAUUGGACUUGCAGCAAGCGUCAAAGGUGGCUGAUGAGAAGAGAAAAAGGAACGCGGGUGCAUCUGCCAGAUUCCGAGCGAGAAGGAAGGAGAAGGAGAAGGAAGCUUCCACAACGAUAUCUGGCUUGCAAGCAGAGCUUCGGGAGUUGAUGGAAGCACGUGACUUCUAUAUGGCUGAAAGAAACUACUUCCGCGACCUGGCCAGCAGACAUAUUCCGGCUUCCCAAUUACAACCCCGUCCACAAUCUCCCCAACACAGACGAGUCAAUACUACAGCGACCUCUACAACCUCAGAGAAUCCUCCCUUGACGGAUGAGAUGUACCAUGAACGCUCAGAGUCCGGAUCGACGGCUCAGCGACGGCGGACAGGAGAUUACCAGCCAUCAUUCAUAGGUCGACAAACGCAGUCGCCACCUCUGUCUGGAUAUCGAACUGGUUUUCCGUCCGCUGCACCCAUUUCCCUUCCACCCCCACCAUCGAGUACAGCAUACGGAACACCGAGGUUGCUCCCACCGGGGCCGCCACCAGGUCCUUCGAUCACACGAUCACAGUCAUAUGACCCUCUUGGAAGGGAAGCAUACGAUAGGAAUUGGAGUUCGGGUCGAUGA